UUCGCAGUGUCGGUGUUGCUCUCCGGUGUGUCAGCCUCAGCCAUUGGCUUCAGAGACCUCCCUCCGUAACAACACAGACGCACAGCGCGCACAGUGCUUUCGAGGAGCGACGGUGAGAUGUUGGAGAAACUGCGGUCUACCGACUCCUUUCUUUCCAUCGGCGAGGAGCGCAGGGAAGCCUCUGCGAUGCGCUCAAGCGGGCACGCGUCGGAGUUGAAAUAAGGGAAACACGGGGGGUCUUAAACAAAAAGAGAGAGAGGGCGAUAUUCUUGCGAGGAUGACUGACUGGUGACAAAGAAAACGGGGAGCCCCUCUGGCUUGGGUUGUCUUCCGCUAGAACUUGACGGAAGGCGUUUUGGGGGACCGGCUUGGAAGAUUUUUUUAUCAUCAUAUUUAUUGGAGGGGGAACCAUGCCUGUCAGGAGGGGUCAUGUUGCGCCACAAAACACGUUUUUGGGAGUAAUAAUUCGCAAAUUCGAAGGACAAAAUAAGAAAUUCAUCAUAGCCAAUGCCCGGGUGCAGAACUGUGCUAUCAUCUACUGUAAUGACACCUUCUGCGAGAUGACGGGCUUCUCCAGGGCGGACGUCAUGCAGAAGCCGUGCACCUGUGACUUCCUGCAUGGAGAGUUCACCACCCGGCACUCGCAGGCUCAGGUGGCCCAGGCUCUCAUGGGAUCAGAGGAGCGCAAGGUAGAGAUCACCUACCACCGCAAGGAUGGUUCUAACUUCCUGUGCGCCACACAUAUCAUCCCCGUGAAGAAUGAGGAAGGCGUGGUCAUGAUGUUCAUCCUGAACUUCGACUACGUCCUGGAGGAAGGCAGCAGCGACUCUCUGGAGAAACUCAACCACACCACGCCAUCCAAAGCUGACCACCGGAAAGGGAGAUUCUUUCGCUUCCGUUUCCCGGGCUUACCUCUCCUUGGCAUCAACAAGCAGUCCCUGCCCCAGGAAGACCCCGACGCUGUCAUGGUGGACUCCCCUCGCCACAGCGACGGCUCGGUGGCCACGCGCGACUACCAGCUUCCCACCACCCGCGAGAGCUGCAGCCCCUCCUACGCCAACGACACCCGCGCCCUCAUCGGUCCCAGCCAUUGCUCCACCCCUGUGUCCGGGCCCUUGGACCACUCGUCGCCCAAGGGCCCCUGGGACCGGACGUACCCCGACUGCUCCAUAAGGCAGACCCAACACCAGAUCAAGGAGGACACGCUUGUCGCUGCUCCUUCAAUCCCAGGACUGACUCAAACCGCCUCCAGGGAGAGAGUGUGCAGUAUUCGCAGAGCCUCCUCCGUACACGACAUGGAAGGAUUCGGGUCCAACUCCAAGAUGGCGUUCAGGGACAGACACGCCAGUGAAGACAAUGGUCGCAAUAUGAAAGUGUCUCGCUCCUGGAUGGCUGGGGGGCCGCUGAGCCAGAUCAAAUCCAGCCUGCUGGGCUCCACCUCCGACUCCAACCUCAACAGGUACAGCACCAUCAACAAGAUCCCCCUCAUCACGCUCAACUUCUCCGAGGCCAACAACGAGAAGAAGUGCCCCUCCCCUCCGUCCUCGGAGAAUACCAUCAUCGCCCCGAAGGUCAAAGACCGCACACACAAUGUCACCGACAAGGUCACGCAGGUUCUGUCUCUGGGCGCAGACGUGCUGCCGGAGUAUAAGCUCCAGACCCCCCGAAUGGACCACUGGACCAUCCUGCACUACAGCCCCUUCAAAGCGGUGUGGGACUGGCUCAUCCUGCUGCUGGUCAUCUACACGGCCAUCUUCACGCCAUACUCCGCAGCCUUCCUCCUCAACGACAUCGAGGAGCAGAGGAGGCGUGAGUGCGGCUACUCCUGCUCCCCCCUCAACGUGGUGGAUCUGAUCGUGGACAUCAUGUUCAUCGUGGACAUCCUCAUAAACUUCAGGACCACGUACGUCAACGCCAACGAGGAAGUGGUCAGCCACCCGGCCAAGAUCGCCAUCCACUACUUCAAAGGAUGGUUCCUCAUAGACAUGGUGGCCGCCAUCCCCUUCGACCUGCUGAUCUUCGGCUCUGGAUCGGACGAGACCACCACUCUGAUCGGCCUGCUGAAGACGGCCCGCCUCCUGCGGCUGGUGCGAGUGGCGCGUAAGCUGGACCGGUACUCAGAGUACGGAGCUGCCGUGCUCAUGCUGCUCAUGUGCAUCUUUGCCCUCAUCGCCCAUUGGCUGGCCUGCAUCUGGUACGCCAUUGGAAACGUGGAGAAGCCUUACCUGGAGCACAAGAUUGGCUGGCUGGACAACCUAGGGGUGUCCAUAGGGAAGAAAUACAACUACAGUGACCCCAGCUCAGGCCCCUCCAUCAAAGAUAAGUACGUCACCGCUCUCUACUUCACCUUCAGCAGUCUGACAAGCGUGGGCUUUGGGAACGUCUCCCCCAACACCAACUCUGAGAAGAUCUUCUCCAUCUGCGUCAUGCUCAUCGGAUCUCUAAUGUACGCCAGCAUCUUUGGGAACGUGUCCGCCAUCAUCCAGAGGUUGUACUCAGGUACGGCCAGGUAUCACCUGCAGAUGCUACGUGUCAAAGAAUUCAUCCGCUUCCACCAGAUCCCAAACCCCCUGAGGCAGAGGCUGGAGGAGUACUUCCAACACGCCUGGACAUACACCAACGGCAUCGACAUGAACAUGGGUUUCCCAGAGUGCCUGCAGGCCGAUAUCUGCCUCCACCUCAACAAGAACCUCCUGGAGGGCUGUAAGGCGUUCCACGGAGCCACAAAGGGCUGCCUCCGGGCCCUGGCCAUGAGGUUCAAGACCACCCAUGCCCCCCCUGGAGACACGCUCGUCCACAGUGGAGAUGUGCUUACUGCGCUUUACUUUGUGUCCCGCGGCUCCAUCGAAAUCCUCAAAGAUGACGUCGUGGUGGCCAUCCUAGGUAAGAACGACAUUUUUGGCGAGAUGAUCCAUCUGUUCUCCAAGUCGGGGAAAUCCUGUGCAGACGUGCGGGCGCUGAGCUACUGCGACCUCCACACCAUCCAGAGGGAGGAGAUCCUGGAGGUGCUCGACAUGUAUCCAGAGUUCGCAGACCAAUUCCUCAAAAACCUGGAGCUGACCUUUGACCUCCGUGAUGAAAAGGCGACAGGCCUCCAAGCAGCUGACUCUAAUAUGGAGGACAACGAGUGUCGGAGACGAGUGUCCUACAAGAGGAAAAGCUCCACAGGCUCCCACAACAAGGAGCAAGGGAGGAAGAUCUACGCCCCCCCAGCAGCCGGGGAGAGGAGAGAGUCCGCCGAGGAGAGGGAGGACGAGGAGGACGAGGAAGGCAGGGAGGAAGAGGAGGAGCAGAGGCCCUUGUGUUCUGGUGUACUGGGCUACCCGGUGGUUAGGGACCACAGCGCGGCCCUCGGGCUGAGUGCAGAAGCACAGGCUGCAGACAACACGCAGACCCAGGCGUAUAAAGAGCUCCACACAGAGGAGUGGGUGCGUCAGCGUCCCGUCGAGGAGUCCGCCCCGUGUCGGGAGGUAGCAGCGGGGGAGGAGGACAGCGACACAGACCUCACCUACGGAGAGGUGGAGCAACGGCUGGACCUGCUGCAGCAGCACCUCAACAGACUGGAGUCCCAGAUGACCUCAGACAUCCAGGCCAUCCUGCACCUCCUCCAGAGGCAGACCACGUCCGGGCCCCCCGCCUACAGCACCGUCACCUCCAGCCCGGAGUACCAGAGGCCGGCCAUCAGGGUGCAGCCGGUGUCGGCCCUGCAGGCGGAGUUCAGCCUGGACCCUGCUCCGCCCCGGCCUCAGGUAAUAAACCACAGAUUCAAGACAUUAAGGAAAAAAACGCAUAUAUUGCAAAUAUUGAAAGCCUGUAAGGGCAUUGGUUUGAACAGUGUGCUCACUCUGAUCCGUCUUCACGCUGUGUUUCUCCUCCAGAGCCCGGAGAAGACCCCGAACAGAUCCACAGACGGCUCCCCGGUGCUCCUGCGACCCGACGCUCUUCCAGACGGGGGCGUGGCCUCCCUGCUGGAGACAGACUGGGUCUCGGAGCAGAGACACACACAGGACAGCUCUGUGGAGCCCCCCCCCCACCAGAGGCUGCCGUCAGGCCGACAAGCCUCCCUGCCUGAAGUGGGCUCAGCACCGUCAGCACUGCAGCGGCCUGUGUCUGACCCGGGGCUCCCAGGAAACUAGC